AUGGAGAGCGAUAAUCUUGUCAAGCAAGCACGCAGUGUACCGCUGGAGUGGCAGCAUGCGCUGCAAGAUGCAAUCGAUCGCUUUGCCGAGCUGCACACAGACACCGAUCAAGCAAAAAAAUGGCGCAGCAUAGCGCUGCCCAACGACACACCCGAGCAUGCCGAAAAAGGCGAGCCGCGCGUCGCACUUGCCGUGCUGCGCCGCGGAAUGCAAAACACAGAUGUGUACCGCGUGGUGUGGGAGCAUGCAUGGGAGCAAGAGGCGCCGCUGUGUCUUUUCCGCGCCGUGAUGCAAGUGCAAAACAGCGUGGCUGCGUGGCUCCCCGGCGUCGAAGGCGCUGAUAUUGUCGAUGUGCUCAGCCCCCACGCACAAAUCGUCCGCAUGCGCUUCCGUGCGAGCUGGCCCUCGAGCGCACGCGACGCUGUGCUGCUGACGCACGUCGGCGAAGACGACGAGACGUUCAUGUACGUAGCGACGUCUGUCCCCACCGCCAAAGACAGCUCGCCGUACAUGCAGCACGCUCCUCCCUACAUACGUGCGCACAUCCAUCUCAUGGCGAUUCUCGCGCGGCGCACGUCCUCGACGCGCCUGUGCACCACCGUGUACUGGUCCUGGGACGUCCCGGGGAAGCGGAUGGGGUUUGGGACCAACGUGCUCCUCGCGAACCUGCCGCGCACCGUGCCCGCCCUGGUGACGUAUGCGCGUGACAACGGCUGCAACCUGCCGUUCCUGGCCACGUACGGCGCGGGGAUCGAGAUGAUCGGCGAGGACCAAACGCGAGAGUGUGCUUUGCGCCUGACGUAUGCCGUGGGCAACGCUGCGCCCCCGCUCGAUGCCACGCCCGCGUUUGGCGCCGAUCCGCAUUCGCCCAAGCGCAGCGUGACGAUCCAACUGGCUGCUGUGUACAACUGGGACGUCCAGCUCGAGGCGGAUACGGGCGGCGACGCCGACGCCGCAUGGAACGCAACGCUCGUGCGCAACUGCGUGUACCAUACCCUGUGCAUCGAGCACGAUGCGACCUCUGUGCGCUUUACCUUGGGCGUGCGGUACACUGGCAAAGGCGGCUCGGUGCAGGUGAAUGGGCGCGCGCUGGACGCUGCACCCGCGGCCGCCCCGACGCACCAACGCAAUGCGUUUCUUGCGCGCAUGAUGCCGCAGAGCACCAUGUCUCCUGCCUCGUGCGUAAGCGAUGUUGAGACGUCGUCCCUUUCCGAGUGCCUGCCUCCCCCCAUGGUAUAUGCCGCGUCGAGCACGCCGCUGGGCACCUUGGUGCGCCGCAACUAUAUCUACUUUGCCUCUCUCUUGCAGGAGCCCGAGGCGAAGUGGAAGCGCACUUUUGAUGUGCGCGGUGUCACCGUCACGCAACUCGACUCGAUCGACCCCACGCUGGUCGUCUACCGCGCCGAAGCCACCUUUAUCGGCUUUUCUGUCUGGGACUUUCUCAGCACCAUCAGCCAGCCAGCCUUGUGUGCGGAAUGGGAUGCGAGCGUUGCGCGUGUAGACUUUUUGCGCGAUAUCGGCGGCCAAAGCGUCGUCUGGCACGUACAGAAGCACAAGACAUGGACUGCGAAUGCGCGGGACGCGGUGCUCGUGCAGACCGCGUACACGUCUCCCACCUCGAUCCAUCUCUUCAGCUUCUCCAUUGACGACGACCCGAGCGUCGCGUGGAUUCCCAAGCCGAGCGUCUCUACCAUCCGGACCCAGGUUGAUUUGCGCGGCUGGAGCAUCGAGGCGCUGGACCCCAAGACGGUGCAAGUGACACUGAUUGAGCAGUCCGACCCCGGCGGGUGGAUGAGCAAGUCUGUGGUGCCCGCGCAGAUGGUUACACAGCUUGCUGGCAUGGGCGAGUAUACCAUCAAGCACGGCGGCCCUCCCGUUGUGACGCGCCUAUUGCACGCACAGGUUGAAUCGAUGCAGUAUGAGCAUGCCACGUCGACGUACACGCUGACCUACCGCCGCGAUACCGAUCAAGACGCGCCCGUCGAGUCCGACAUACGGUGCAACAUGGACGUGUGGGGCCCCAACCUCGACGUAGUCGUUUCCCCGCCGCCGAGCAACGCGACGUGCCUUCGUCGGCACCCCUUGGCGCACGCCGGCGGCGGGCUUUGGCUCACGAUCGAGCACAGCGCCGCGGCGCUUGAGCACGCGGUCCGCAUCGUCGUGCGCAAAGGGCCGCGGCACACCAAGGAAACUGGCGUCGUGCUCCUCAAUGGGCAGCGCACGCCCGUGGACGUCGACGAGCUGGGUGCCGUGCAGCGCGAGGAAAAACGGCGCAAGCGCGUGCGGCCUCCGCGCAUCCUGCUCGAUGUGCACACCUCGCCGCACGCGGUAGAGCACGCGCCCGAUGCAGCGCCCCGUGCGCAGCCCAUCGAGCAGCCGCUCGUGCCGAUGCAGCGUGCCCUGGACGCGCUCUUGGUGCUGCGGCGUAUCAAUUCGGAGCGCCCGCCCGACGCAACCGGCGUGCCUGCGGGAUGGACGCUUGUGUCGGAGCGCAACGGCCUCUUUAUCCGGCGCAAGCGCAUCGAGCAUCUCUCGUCGAGCGUCGCGGUACAGCGCGCGGACAAGGUCGUGCAAGGCGUCCCUGCCGAGGAGCUCCUCCAUCUCGUCUCGAAUACUGCCUCGCGGCAUCUGUGGGACGAGCGGAUGAGCAAUGCAACGCUCCUCGAGAGCUACGGAAGCGGCGCGACCACCUCGUGCUGGACGUCCAAGGGCACCUAUCUAUUCUGGCCGCGCACCUUUCUCGUCGCGAGUCUCGCUGCGUCAGGCGCGCAGCCCGUGCCGGCCUCUCCCAGCGACGCACUGUCGCCCUCCUCGUCGCACCAGCCCGUCUACUUCUACGCGUCUGCGUCCUGCGACGAUGCGCGGUUCGACAUGGAGAAAAUCAACCCGCACAAACACCCUGUCGGCCGCGUGCUCAUCGACGGAUGGAUCUUUGAGACCAUCGACCCGUACAGCUCCGCGAGCUAUGCGAUCCCAAGUACGCGGUGCACGCACGUCGUUGCGAUCGACUACGGGGGAUCGCUGCCGCCCGCGAUGAACGCAAUGUGGAACGCGACACUUCCCCAGGCUGUGCAGCAGCUCGAGGCGUACCUCCAAGCGCAAGGGCCGCCGCCGUACUGCUGCGCGCCGCCUGCAUGGAUGCAUGUGCUGGGCGACGGCCAUGACGACGACCGCAGCUUGAUUUGGUCUUUGCGGCGCCCAAAACACACGGCGCUGCUGCUCAUGAGCGAGUUCCACGCGGCGCAGCGCACGCUGCACGUCCUCGCGCUCGUUCCGCGCCAGGAUAUCGCGGAGAUGCAAACACUCUCUCCAUUGCAGCUGCAAGCGGCGUCGCCAAAGUCGCCGACGCCCCGCAUCAAGCAUCCCGCCUCCACGCGCAGCCUCGCGAAAGAAGCGCAUGCGCCCAUCUACCUUGUCGAUAUGCAAAUCGAGCUGCAGCACUACCCGCACGGCUACGCGAUUUCAGUGACGUGGGACCGCGCACAGGACGCGCCGCCGGAUGCGCCUGUGCCGGACUGGUACGACUUGUCCAAGACGCCGACGACGCUGCCGGAUGCGUCGCUGCCAUUGUCCGUCUCUGUGCUCGAUCUUCCCCCGUCGGCGCUGCAGGCAGCCACGCGGAGCUCGGUGGAUCGAUUCCACAAGCAUUUGGUGCGCGUUGCGCUCCCAGGCCUCGGCACUCGCCAUGGCACUUGGCACGACGAGCUGCAAAGGCGCGGCGUCGCCCUCCGUAUCGCCCUUUUCCCACUGGAUCCAGACAGGCCACACACGGGCGCAAACGCAGCGCUGGAUACGGGACAAGUCCCGGUGACGUGCAAUGGCAACGUCGCCGAGAUUGUCUACGGCGACGAAGCGGCGCGCGCGAUGCCGUCGCUGGACACGCACAGCCAUGUAGUCGACCAGCUGGAGCGUAUUCCGCGGCCCAACACCGCGGUGCCGUCCACGCCAAGGCCUGUCGCCCCUGGCUGCACGUCGACGGUCGGCGCACACGUCUUGAUGCAUCCACUCGCGACAGACGUGACAAAGAAGCCAUGCGCGGGAAACGAGGAGCGCGCCGCGCACGAGCCGAGCGCCGCGCAGCCAAGCGCCAGCGCAUGUGCGGACGACGCGCCCCCCCCACACACACCCGGCCCCAUCUUUGGUCUGUUGCGCCAGCCCUUGCGGCGCACUACCGACGGCUCGCGCCUCAACUCCACGCUCUCGAGCAUGGGCCAGUUGGUGUCGCGCGGGGGGGAUGCGGGCGAGCAAAAGUCUGCGCGUCUUUCUUUAAGCGCGCAGCACGCGCCCGAUUCCGCCCCGCUGUCGUCUGCCGCGCAUGCACAGGGCUAUCGGUGCUCGACGCUGCUUCUCGUCGCGGUGCUCGCGUUCCUAUUGGGCUCGCUCGUGCGCACAUUUGUCCAGCCGGCCGAUUUUCUCGUCGUGCCGCAGAGUCCCCACGAGUCUGAAACAGUCCUCGCGCCGCACCGCGGCGUGAUUGACUCGGCGCUGCGCGAGAUGGACAGCCUCGUCCAAGCUGCACGAAACCUGCCCAUCUUUCCCGGCGGGCAUGCAGAACCAGUGCAGGAAGCGGUGCGGCGCCGCGACUUGCUGCAGAGCCACAAUGGCAUACUGAACUGGCGCAAGAUAUUCCGCUUCUUUGACGUGCCGCUUGUCGGUGGAUGGACCGCGAUGGUUGCGCUCGUGCGCAGAGAAUAG